GCACAGGUUUUAUAAUAGCGAUGGUUGGGAGGGCUCGCAUUGGCAGUCGCUCGCGAUACCUUGCUUCAAUCGGACGUCCACGGACUCGACCGGUCUCGGGAGGAGAGAGAAAAAUUUUCUAACGAUUCAGUGAAUAGUGCAUUUAUUCGUCUUCGAGGCAAGUGCGUGUGUUUCGGAGCCGGACGGAACCUGGAGGCUGCCCCCGGAUCCACACAAGGUAUGAUUGUGUCGUCAAUCAGUUAUGUGACUCGGUACUCUGAUUAUGAUCAACUGGGCACAACAAACUAACUGCAACAGUGACGCCAACAACAACCGUACUCUUCCGGCACAGCCCUCGGCCGUCCAUAAAAAAAGAGGAUUUGUGUAUCGGCCGGCGGAGGGAGAAAGCGACGCUCUCAUAGGUCGUAGCUCCGGUACUUCGCCACACCAGCCGUCCCCAAGUAUGCUGCUAUUGCAAACUCAGAAUUCGUUCGGAUCAAGCAGUUUUGCUGAACUGCUCUCAGCGCCUUAUCCGGAGGAAGUAGCCACGACCCUGCCAGACGACUUAGACCCGUUCCACGACGUCGUUUUCCACCAACAAAGCAGCGGAUCCCCCGACCCUCCACCCCUGCCAAGUUUCCAAGAGACGUACGCCAGCCUCGGCUUCAAGAUGGAAGACGAGUGCUACAACGUAGCGGCCUAUCACCACCAUCCCGGACCCCAAGACGCGGCGUCACCGGGGGCCCAGUACGAGUUCCACCAUCAUCACCAUCACCACCACCAGCCGCCUCCUCCACCACCGCCGCCGCCUGGACAGCAACCGCCCCCGCCGCACCAUCAACCUCCGCCCCCAUCGCAGCAACAGCAAUACUACCAGGGCUAUUUCAACCAACACCCGCAGGCGCAGCCGCCCUCCGGCUAUGAAGGUCCCACCGCCCCUAUUGCUCACCAGGAAUCCUACAGCCUUCCGCACUUCCCGACCAAUACCGAACUGUCGGUCAACACCACCCUCGGCCCAAGGCAACGGCGAGCUUCUCUUCCCCUCCAAAGGUCAGAAUCGACAAGCAGUAGCGAUUCGCCAAAACUGCGCCAGGGAACGACGCCUUGUCCUUCGGCUUCCGUUUCGUCUUCAGCGUCUUCGUCGCCGACGGAACGGCCGAACGCCAUCUCGCCGUCCCAGCUGUGUGCAGUCUGCGGAGACACAGCAGCUUGUCAGCAUUACGGCGUUAGGACCUGCGAAGGAUGCAAAGGUUUCUUCAAGAGGACAGUACAAAAGGGUAGUAAAUACGUCUGUCUGGCCGAAAAGUCGUGUCCUGUUGACAAGAGGCGGAGGAAUAGGUGCCAGUUCUGCCGGUUCCAGAAAUGCCUCAGCGUCGGGAUGGUGAAAGAAGUAGUCAGGACGGACUCUCUAAAAGGGCGACGAGGGAGGCUGCCUUCGAAGCCGAAGUCGCCCCAGGAGUCGCCACCGAGUCCGCCCGUCUCACUCAUCACCGCACUCGUUCGAGCCCAUCUCGACACUAGUCCGGACAUCUCGAAUCUGGAUUAUUCUCAGUACCGAGAGCCGAACGAGGAGGACGUGCAAAUGUCCGAGACAGAGAAAACCCAGCAAUUCUACAAUCUCCUUACUUCCUCAGUGGACGUCAUAAGGCACUUUGCUGAAAAAAUCCCAGGCUUUUCAGAACUCUGCAGAGAAGACCAAGACCUACUUUUUCAAUCCGCCUCCUUAGAACUUUUCGUCCUCCGGUUAGCGUACAGGUCGAGAGUCGUCGACAUGAAGAUGACGUUCUGUAACGGUGUCGUCCUGAGCAGGAACCAGUGCCAGCGGAGCCUAGGCGACUGGCUUCACCCGAUUCUAGAAUUCUGUCAGUCACUGCACGCGAUGGAGAUUGACAUUUCCUCGUUCGCCUGCCUAUGCGCUUUGACACUAAUCACAGAACGGCACGGUCUGAGGGAGGCGCACAAGGUAGAACAGCUCCAAAUGAAAAUCAUCGGAUCCCUCCGAGAUCACGUCACUUAUAACGCCGAGGCUCAGAGGAAGUCGCACUACUUUUCAAGACUUCUCGGUAAACUUCCCGAACUCCGAUCGCUGAGCGUCCAGGGGCUCCAGAGAAUUUUUUAUCUCAAGUUGGAGGAUCUCGUCCCAGCGCCGCCCCUCAUCGAGAACAUGUUCAUGGCAAGCCUUCCCUUUUAGACAAAUGCAAAAGCAAUUGAACGGACUCUAAAUGAGAUUUAAGAAAUGGAGGGUUUUUAAUUGCGUGUGUCUGUGCUUCAAAAAUAUUUGACUUUUGUGUACAGUUUUGCCAAUUUAUUUUUGUUUGUUUUUAAUAUAGAUAUGUUUUCCCCCUUAUUUCUUCUGUAUAGAAUAGAUUUUAUUUUCAGAACUAAUUAGAAAUUUUGCUCUGUGUCAUAUUAUUGCAAAUUAAUGUUUUAGGGGAGAUUUUUCGACUUUGUGGCCUAUUCGUAUGGGAUAAGGAUUUUAUUUUUGUUGUUCUUUUGUAUUUUAUUGUGUUGUUAAAUAGUGUUGAAGUUACCACGCAAGAGGAAGUGUCUGUGAUUGGAUUGUUGGGAAAGCCCUCCCAAAAACCAGUGUUUUUUUUAAUUAUUUUAUUUUUUGAUUGUAGUCAAGUUCAGAUCAAAACCUAUCAUCCUAUUGUAAUAAUUUUGCGUACAUCACCGCCUGUCCUAGUGCUCCCACAUUCUUCAAUCCCUUAUAUAUCAUAAAAUAAUUCCCAUUGAAACAAUUAGUAUACAGGUUUUAAGUUACCAUGAAGAUGUUUAAAAUAUUUAAAAAUUGUGCAAAGGGAUUUUGAAAUUGUCGUUUUGAGAUGCCGGCGAGAUAUUAUUAGAAGAGACUGAGAAAUGUAAGAAAAACUAUAUCUUUUUCCUCUUUAAAUUUCGAGCAAAGUAAUGAAAGUUGAGAUUGUGUAAGCAAUUUUUUCAAUACAAUCAUCUUUUUGUAUAUACCUGCUUACAGUUUGUAUAAUUAUAAAAUAAAAAUAAGGAAAAUCAAAAUAUUAUGAUUAUAUACCUUUGUAUUCUGAGUAUUUUUGAUAGAUAACAUGAAAAUCAUAUAUUAAUAUGGAAAAUAUUGGCCUCAAAAAAUGAAGCCGUCUGUAACAAUAAAUAUAUCAUAGCAAUUUACUGUCCAACAGAAUAAUACAUAUCCAUCAUAAUAAAAUAUAUAAAAAUAUAAUACACGAUUAAUAUAUUUUCGAAGAUGGAAAGGAACUUUGCAUUGUUACUGCCUUAUCUAUUAAUUCUGAAUUCUGCCUUCUUAGGGAUCGGUUGGUGAAUUUAGAAAAAGACAUUUUGUGGAAAUAUACUUUGAUACAUUUUCCUUUUGUCAUUUUUCGAGAAACAUAAGUGUGUAAGUAGUUCCUUUAAGUGCACAAAAUUUGCUAUAUUUCUGUAAACCAAAAAAAAAUUGUGGACCACAUUUUGACAAAGUGAUUUGUAAAAAAUAUAAGCAAAACAGUAGGAAAGUAAAACGUUUCUUUGUCAAUCAGAAAAUUGGGUUUGUUAUUUUAAAAAAAUAACUGUUACACUUGCCAUUGGUAAAACGGAUUUCCAAAUUUUAUAUACUGUUAACAAGUCAUGCUUAGUUAUAAUAGACAUAGCCCACUGAUGUAAUUGCUAAUAAAAAAUCGAAGAAAAAAAUUAAAAUUAAAUAGAUGUAUUUCUUUAUGUGAAGCACCAGUAUUUGAAGCACUUUGUUUCGUAAUAUUGUUCCCAAUAUCGAUUUUCGUCAUUAUUUGUAAGUGGAAAAUAUACUCUUUUUUUUUCAAAAGUUCAUUCAAGCCUUAACACUUGUUAUCCUGGACAACCAAGCAACUGUCUCAACUGAAAAAAUUCACAUCAUAAUUGAUAGAUAAGGAAGAUUUAAACAAUCUGUUUAAAUAUUUCCAUGAAACUGAAAAAUGACAACUAUGUAAAAUAGUUUGUGAGCAUUAAUCUGAAUGUAUGAACACUAGACUGCCUUCCAAGGUAAGAUCGUAUCACUAGGACUGUGACUAGGAACGUUUUAACAACGUUAGGAUUUUGACAAAUCCGUCGUACCAAACCAGAAUAGUCUUGAACGCAAAAUUUAGGUAAGCUCCUAUGACGCUUUCUUCUGGUACUCCUUUCAUAACUUGAGCCCUUGAUGUUGCAUUUUGCUAUUUGACAGAAAACUUUUUUUCUCUCGUGAAGGAUAUGUACUGAGUUCCAAGGAGUAAUGUUUUAAGGUUAACUAAUAAACCAUCAAGCCAACCUUUUCGAAGUCCUAUUCAGUGUCGAGAAAGAGGCCGAAGCGAUUUUAUUUUUUGAGAUUUUCUCAAGGGUCGACGGAUUAAAUUUUAAUCGUUUUCUAUCAUUUCAUUCUGCAUUUCACAGGCAAUCAAACCACUUUCUUGUCGUCGAAUAUUCUCAUAUUUCGUCGUUGAACUCACUAAUUUUGCUCUGAAUCCAAACUGCGUAGCUGGAUUUUUUAUAUGCGUAGUAAAAAGUAUUUGACUUUUGAAAUAGAAGAAUGAAUAAUAUGGCCAAAAAAUGAGCCUCCGAUCCAUAUGUUUGUACCAAUUUAAACUGGUUUUAUUGAUAGUUUUAGACGCGCCUUUAGCAUACAUGAACAAUCGCUGUUGUAAGACAGGUGAUUAGAAUUUACUUACGAACAGCCAAGUGCUUUAUUGUCAAAAAUGAGUAGAAAUUUGAUGGAGAGAAUGGUAGACCAGGUUCCCUGUUCUAGCUUGUACUGUUCCCCUUUUAAACACAAACGGAUCAUGCUUUUUACCAUAGCCAUGGUCUUGUUGCCAUGUCUCCAGCAUUACAUGUGGACGGCCCAUGCCAAACCGUUGUCGUCGAACUCAAGGCAACUCAACGUUCUCCUUCUGAGUAUGAUACUGGUUUUGAACCUUUGGAUUGCGUCCAGACUGCUAAAAACCUUCAGCCCUAAGCCCAAAUUCAACGGGAACUGAAAUAAAACUGUUAUAUGAGUGAU